UUUUUUUUUUUGAUCGCCGACUCUCAGCUUUAAAUACAGCUAGCAAUUUGAUCUUCCAAAUAUCCCUCUUAUCAAAUUCGUGUAUAAACAAACAUGGGUGGUAAGUAUAGCAUUCCAAUCGAUGCGGAUGCGAAUUUAAAGAAAAACGGAAUCUCAGCCUACACUGGUAGCAUUAGCUCAGUUUCAACUGGCGGAAUCUUCCGUGCUAUAUUCGUGGAGGGACAUAUUUUGCUUCCUCAACUCGUGCCAGAAACGGUAACAGGUGUUGAUUUAAACUCUGAUGGAAGAGUCUCAUCUUUUACCUUUGCCGGAGGUAUGAAGCUAAUGGUGGACGAAAUUGAUAUGGAAAAUUUAUCGCUCAAGUGCACUAUGCCUGAUACUGAUGCUCAUAAUAGCACCGAUUUCAUCGUUACAAACUGCAUAUUUGAACCAUCUCCACAUUUUGGAUCGGUCAUCAAAACGAGUAGCACUUUCGAACCAAAAGGUGACGCUGAUCUAGCUGACGAUGUAUUGCAAUCCCGAAUUAAGAAGAUUCACGAGAUUUUCAAAGUUGUUAGUGGUUACCUUGGUGAAAAUCCUGAUGUUUGUGCGUAAACAAAACUCCUCCUAUAGGCUAUAGGGCUGAAUGAUGAAGCAUCUUCGCGAUCUUUCAGUGUUUUAAUAUUGUUGUUCUUUGUUUUUGUCUGAGAAUAAAAAAUGAUCUCUGGCCUUGACGGAGUUCGUUGGUAUAAUGUAACUUCAAGAUUGUUGUUUUCUAUAUAUUUUCUGUCAUAGUUACUUACAGUUACAGGUUAUAUUGCACAUCCAUAAUCUU